CCGGUUUACGGUUACCACGGGAGACCAAGGGAAGCUAAAGCCUACGAGUUCAGGAGUCCUCCAAUACAAGCAACGUCGAAUUUGAACCGUUUUUUAUUUCAAUACAUUUGUUAACGUUAUUCACUAUUUCGCUAUAUUUAACGUUAACCGUCUUCUGUACUAGGUAACUGUCGUGUUAGGCAGGUAACGUUAACUAGCAGAGCUAACGGUUUAGGCCAGCGUUACAUUUACCAGAUCGAGGCCGCAUGAUGUAGGUUAGCUAGGUUGAAAAAGUUAGCUCACGUUAGCUGUCUAAGUUUGCUAAAUCACGUUAGGUUAGUGUCUUAUUAUGUUAACUAGUUUAACUACGCGGUAAGCAAUUCAUUUCGGUUUGAAAGAGGGCUGUAACGUUAUCACCACCACCAUGUUUAUCUACCUCAGUAAGAAGAUUGCUAUCCCCAACAAUAUCCAUCUAAAAUGUGUCUCCUGGAACAAAGAUCAAGGCUUCAUUGCCUGUGGAGGAGACGAUGGUCUCCUCAGAGUGCUCAAGCUUGAAACCCAGACAGAUGAUGCCAAACUUAAAGGUCUUGCUGCUCCCAGUAAUCUGUCAAUGAACCAGACUCUAGAGGGACACAGUGGCGCAGUACAAGUGGUCACGUGGAACGAACAGUAUGAAAAGCUGACAACCAGUGACCAGAAUGGACUCAUCAUUGUAUGGAUGCUCUACAAAGGUGCAUGGUACGAGGAGAUGAUCAACAACCGGAACAAGUCGGUGGUGAGAAGCAUGAGUUGGAACGCUGAUGGUCAGAAGAUCUGCAUUGUGUAUGAAGAUGGAGCAGUCAUUGUUGGAUCUGUAGAUGGAAACCGGAUUUGGGGAAAGGAGCUAAAGGGAAAUCAGCUUGCUCAUGUGGCAUGGUCGCCAGAUAGCAAGAUCCUCCUCUUCGGCAUGGCCAACGGGGAAGUACAGAUCUAUGACAAUCAAGGAAACUUCAUAAUGAAAAUGACCAUCAGCUGUCUCAACAAUGCAACUGGAGCUGUCAGUAUUGCAGGUAUCCACUGGUACGCAGGAACUGGUGGUUACGUUGAACCAGACUGUCCAUGUCUUGCUAUCUGUUUUGACAAUGGAAGAUGCCAGAUCAUGCGCUACGAGAAUGAUGAAAAUCCAGUGUGUAUUGACACUCUGAUGAAUGUGGUCAGUAUCCAAUGGAAUCAUUGUGGCAGUGUUCUGGCUGUGGCGGGUUCUCUCAGAGCCUCAAAUGUGGAGAAAGAAUUCAAUGUCGUGCAGUUCUACACACCAUUUGGAGAGCAUCUGAGAACUCUAAAAGUUCCUGGGAAGCAGAUGACAGGAGUUGCCUGGGAGGGAGGAGGGCUGCGCAUUGGCCUGGCUGUGGACUCCUACAUCUACUUCGCUAACAUAAGACCAGACUACAAGUGGGGCUACUGUUGCAGCACAGUGGUGUACGCCUACACAAAGCCAGAGCGGCAAGAGUACUGUGUGGUAUUCUGGGACACCAAAAACAACGAGAAGUUUAUCAAAUAUGUCAAGAGCUUGAUGUCCAUCACUACCUCAGGGGACUUCUGCAUCCUAGCCAGCAAGGCAGAUGACACCCAGCCUCAGGAGGAUGCUGAGUUAGAGUCUGGGAGUCAUGCAAGGUAUGUCCUGAUUCUGUGCAACUCCAUUGGGACUCCACUGGACUCGAAAUACAUUGACAUUGAUCCACUGUUUGUCACCAUGACCAAGACACAUGUGAUCGCUGCAUCCAAAGAGGCUUUCUACCUGUGGCAGUACAGAGUGGCGAAGAAAUUAACGGCCCUGGAGAUCAACCAAGUGACCAGAACUAAGAAGGAGGGAAGAGAGAGGGUCUAUCACAUUGACAGCAAUCCAUCAGCAGCCAAUGACAGUGGUCCAGAUUUUGCAAAAGCCUUCACAGCAACUCGAGAUCCCAUCUGUUGUAUUACAGCAACAGAUAAGACCCUGAUUGUGGGCCGUGAGUCUGGCACCAUCCAUAGAUACACCCUCCCAAAUGUUGUUCUCAUCCAGAAACACAAUUUGAACAACAGAGCCUACUAUCUGUCCUUGAACUGCAACUCCAGUCGUCUGGCCAUAAUCGACAUUGCAGGCGUGCUGACUUUGUUGGACCUGGAAGUUCGGGCCUCCACAGAUGACAGCACAGGAAACCAGGCAUCUGCAGGAGAUCCAUCCAAGUUUGAGCGCAAGGAUGUUUGGGACAUGAAGUGGGCGAAAGACAAUCCUGAUCUUUUUGCCAUGAUGGAGAAGACCAGGAUGUAUGUCUUCAGGAACCUAGACCCAGAGGAACCAAUCCAAACAUCUGGAUACAUUUGCAACUUUGAAGACCUGGAAAUCAAAUCUGUCCUGCUUGAUGAAAUCAUGAAGGAUCCAGAGAGGCCUAACAAAGACAACCUCAUCAACUUUGAAAUCCGCUCCCUGAGAGACAGUCGUGCAUUGAUUGAAAAAGUGGGGAUUGAAGAUGCCUCACAGUUCAUUAAAGACAAUCCUCACCCAAGACUCUGGCGUCUGCUGGCUGAGGCAGCCCUCCAGAAACUGGAUCUGAAGACGGCUGAACAGGCCUUUGUCCGUUGCAAAGACUACCAGGGCAUUGAGUUCGUCAAGCGCCUGGGCAACCUGCAGAGCGAGCCCAUGAAACAGGCGGAGGUGGCAGCUUACUUCAGCAGCUUUGAGGAAGCUGAGCGGAUGUACCUGGAUAUGGAUCGCAGGGACCUUGCCAUCAGCCUUAGGAUCAAGCUGGGAGACUGGUUCAGGGUCCUCCAGCUGCUCAAAACUGGCUCUGGGGACUGUGAUGAUACUUUGCUGGAACAGGCGUACAAUGCAAUUGGAGACUACUUUGCUGACAGACAGAAGUGGGUCAAUGCAGUGCAAUACUACCUUCAGGGUCGUAACCAGGAGAGGCUGGCAGAAUGCUACUACAUGUUAGAGGACUAUGAUGGCCUUGAAAGGCUGACCACUGUGCUGCCAGAGAAUCAUAAACUUUUACCGGAGAUUGGACAGAUGUUUGCCACUGUGGGCAUGUGUGAACAGGCUGUGAACGCCUACCUUAAGUGCAACCAGCCCAAAGCUGCUGUUGACACCUGUGUCCAUCUGAACCAGUGGAACAAAGCAGUGGAACUCGCCAGGACCCACAACAUGAAGGAGAUUAAAUCUCUUCUUUCCAAAUAUGCUUCACAUCUGCUUGAGAAGAACAAAACUUUAGAGGCAGUGGAACUGUAUCGGAAAGCCCACCAUUUUCUUGAUGCAGCCAAACUUAUGUUUAAGAUAGCAGACGAGGAGGCGGAGAAAAGGACCCGACCACUGCGGGUGAAGAAGCUCUAUGUGCUGGCAGCACGUCUUGUUGAAAAUUACCACGAGCAGGUGAAGACGUCACAGCAGAGCAAAGCCAAAGGGAAGAAGUCGGAGGCAACAUUUGCACUUGCUGGGCUGCUUGAGGAAGAUGCGACCUCUUCAGACAAUCGUAUUGUGGACAAUGCCUGGCGUGGAGCGGAGGCGUAUCACUUCUUUCUGCUUGCUCAGAGGCAGCUAUAUGAAGGCUACAUGGAGAGCGCAAUGCGCACAGCCCUUCACCUGCGUGAGUAUGAGGACAUCAUCCCAGCGGUGGAGAUCUACUCUCUGCUCGCCAUUUGCUCCGCAGCGAACCGGGCCUUUGGCACAUGCUCACAGGCCUUCAUCAAGCUGGAGUCCUUAGAGAGUCUGAACCCUGAACAGCGGCAGCUUUACGAGGAUCUGGCGCUGGAGAUCUUCACCAAGCACACCCCAAAGGACAGCCGCACGAUGGAGCUGGGCAGAUCAUCAGACGGGACGGAAGGAAAAUUACCCACAUGCAUCGUGACAGGUCUGCCGAUCCAGGAGUACCAGUUCUGGAUGUGCAGUGUGUGUAAACACUGCGCUGUAGAGCAGGAGAUCGGCAAAUAUAACUGCUGCCCGCUGUGUCACAGUCCUGUAGCAUGAAGGUCAAUCCCAUAAGGAUAAGGAUUCAUUUUUUGGAGGAAAAAGCACAUUUCAAAGCAUUGAAAUGUACUUUAGCCUUUGUUUGUGGAACACAUGAACUGAAAUUAUUUACUUGUGGAAAUAGCUGCACUUUGUUUCAACUUAAUGCUUAACAACGAUGAGAUUAAUACUCAAAUAAGCAGCUUUGAUGAUGCUAACAGAACAAGCACCUAUACUGAAACUGUCUAAUGUGAUGUCAGCAGUCAAAACAUAUCAAUAUGUUCAACGAGCUUCAAUUUAAAUGUCUUUAAUAACUUAGUUAAAUGUAUUUCUUUUACCUUAAAUGUUGUAAAAUACAUGAAUGAAUAUAACUGCUUUGUUAACUAUUUUUAUAUGGAAGUAAACAGUGAAUAAACUGUCACAUUAAUACAACAAUUUAAAA